AUGCCGCCCAAGAAGAAGGGCGGCCGGGCCAGUACCCAGGGCGCGACGCCUGCGCGAGAUGACGAUGCUAUGGACGUCGACACGCCGGCACAGACACCAACAGCGCCCGUAGUGCCAGCAGCGCCUCAACCACCUAAGCCGGUAACCGAUCCGUGGACAGACGAUCAAGUUGCAUCGCUAUUUAAAGGCGUCAUCAGGUGGAAACCGGCGGGAAUGCACAAACACUUCCGAAUGCUAGCGAUCAGCGAACAUCUUCGAAACCACGGUUUCGACCCCGACGCGUGCCCCCACACACGGAUCCCUGGCAUCUGGGCCAAGCUGGGGGAGUUCUACAACCUCGAGGCAAUCGACGAGCGGGAAAAUAACAUGGAUCCGCCGGAAGAGGAGGGCCAGCCGAGGCGUUACCACGACUUCUCAUUGCCAUGGAAUCAAUACGGCGACAUCAUGUUGAAGCGGGCGCGAGCGGACCCUAGCGAGGCACCAACCAGCCCCGCGCAAUGGGAUCCCGACGCACCACCUGCUGCUGGCGAUUCGAAGAAGCGGAAGCGGGGCCGCGCCGGGUCAAAUCCUAGAACCCGCAGUAGCACCGUGGAGGAUACUGAGGAAGAAACACCAGCCGCGAGCCCGACAAGGAAAUCGGGGCGAGGCGGGAGGGCGACGGCCAAACGGACGUCAAGCAGGGCACGGAAGGUCAAGGAAGAGUCGUCGCCGUCACCGUCGUCAGCGGAUGAGAGUGAGGAGGAGGAGGACUCUGAUAACGAGGAGGAAGAGGAGGAAGAAGAAGACACGGGCACACCGGUAUCGACAAGGGGGAGAGGAGGUGGGAGGGGCCGUGGUGGGAGAGGGAGAGGUCGGGGGAGAGGCCGUCGCGGGCGCUUGCUGCUACUCAUUUGGGCCUGCCCACUGACGCACCUCUCAGAAAUCGACCAUAAUUUCAGUAAAGCACACCGCAUUGUUACAACAAAUAUCUUGCCGCUAGUUGAGCAAUACGGGGAGCAUUCCCGCUCAGUAUGGGAAGCUACAAAGUUCUGGAAACAAUUCUUCGAAGCGUCCGCCAAUGUCUCAUUGUCGGGAUACGAAGAGCUCGCUGCGAAUGACGAGAACACAGACAUCACCGCCGAUGAAAGCACGAUACACAACGAGACAACCGAGUACACACCACGUCCUCGCAGCGCAGGGAAUCACGACGUUUCCAUAGCCACCGACCAGUCAUCCGCCCUGCACCACGGAGAGGACAGUCACCAAGAGGAGUCAACUCUUGGUGACGAUGACGAUGACUUGACUGGCAGCACACCCCGACCACCCGCAACAAAAACCCUCUCUCUCCGCCCGCAGUUCGCGAACCUCUCAUCUCCCUACGAAAAUUUGAAACGAGAGUACGAUACCAAGCGCGGCCGGGGUGGUGGCGGUGGCGGCCGAACACCCAGAGGAGAAACAGCUCCUAAAGAGGAGCAAGAAGAGGACGACACCGAGCUGCUUUUCCAACAGCACACCGCACGCCUCCCAGACAUGUCCAUGGAGCCCCGCGACUCGCUCGAUGCCGAUGGUCCCGGGCUGGACCAUGGGGACGAUGGUGACACACAAGACUUUAACUUUGAUGGAAAAGGGAAGAACAAUGAUCCCCUAUUGCACCGCAUGCUGGACAAAAACUACCGCAUCGCUGCCACGCCGCAUAAGGGUGCCGGUGCCAACAUGGGCAUCUCGCCCAUCCGGUGGAAGGUUGACAAACUCGCCUCCACACCAGGCAGGGGAGAUCGGAGAGGGAAAGGCAAAGACAAACAGUCGGCCGCACGGCCAAUCUGGGAAGACUCGCCAACCUCCAGCCCGGAGAUGGCAGUGCCGCAACUCAGGAGUGCAGCAUUCAUGUCCCCUGCUAGAGCGGCUUACAAGAGCAAGGGGAAAGCGGCGGCGGCGACAGCAGCAGCAGGGCCAAGGACACCGGGCGUGAGUGUGCAGACACCGGCCACGGGGCGCAAGACGAGGGAUGUUUUUGGGGGAAAGGGGGAGCGGGCUGCCGCGGGAGCGAUGCCAGCAACGUCGAGCAAGUACGACGAUGAGAUUACUUGGGAGAGCGAUAGUGAUGAAUUCGGCGGGAUGAGCCCACCUAAGACGAUUCAAUUCGCCGUGCCACCGUCGAAGUUGCUACAGACACCAGCGCGUGAAGCGAGCAAGAGGAUCGUAGAUAACAUUCUCCUAACGGCGGGUGAAGAUUUGGAUGACCCGUCUGAGUACAGUCCGACGGUUGUCAAGAUGAACCAGGGGGUUUUAGACGAUACGUUUUGA